AUGUCCUUUGAACCCAUGCGCAUUGCUGUUCUAGGCGUCGGCCUCAUGGGCGCCGGCAUUGCGAGCCUGCUCGCAGACGCUGGCCACAAUGUCACCGCGUGGGACGUGCGCGCCGACGCCCUUGCCGAGCUCAAGGCCGCGUUCCCGCGCAUUGCAACCACCCCCGAUUUGGCGACGGCAGUCGGCAGCGCGCAAGUGGUGAUGGAGGCCAUUGCCGAGAACCUCGCUGCCAAGCAUGCCGUGUACGCGUCCAUCUCAGCCAUCAACGCGACGUGCAUCGUCGCAUCCAACACGUCCUCGCUCUCCGCGUCCCUCCUGGCGUCCGGCCUGUCGUCUCCCGAACGCUUCGCGAUCGCGCACUUUUUCAACCAUCCACGCAUCGUUCCACUGGUCGAGGUGGUCCCCGCAGAGCACACGAGCGAAGAGACGCUCGAGACCCUGCGCGCGAUGCUCGACCACGCCGGCAAGCUCCCCGUCAUCCUCCGCAAGGAGGUGCCUGGGUUCGUCGCCAACCGCCUGCAGGCCGCAAUGUACCGCGAGGCGUUUGCCUUGGCCGAGGAGGGUGUUGCGAGCUUUGAAGACAUCGACCUCAUCGUGCGCGGCGCUCUGGGCUCGCGCUGGGCCGCGGCUGGACCAAUGACAGUCGUCGACGCCGCGGGGCUGGACAUAUGGCAGGCCGUGAUGACCCAGCUCUACCCUCUGCUCUCGAACGUAACCGAGGCGCCCGCAGCCAUCCGCGAGGCCGUGGAGAGGGGCGAACUCGGCGCCAAGACGGGCAAGGGCCUCUACGGGCACACCAAGGAGCAGGACCAGGCGCUGCGGGAUCGUAUCGGGGAGCACUUCAACCUCGAGUUUCCUGCGGUGCCAAAGUAG